AUGCAUAUCCCAAUCCUCAGGCCUCAUCUCGCACGCGAAUACGCGAGCUCACUCACACAUCGCUGGCGAGCUGGCCACACUUAUCGGCCGGUCCUGAUUGCCACUCAAAUUCGGACUGUAUCCUCUGACGAAAGGCGACGAACGUUCAAUAUAGCAGGCACGGCACGGGCCAAAAUCAAGAGCUCGCGGUUCAAAGGGGAAAUGAUUGAGCCGUGGAAGGGUGUCAUUCCCAGCAUCAUACGUCCGCGCCCGUGCUUCACACGAGGCGUUGGGUACGAGGACAGAGUACAUUGGCCAAGAUCUGGCAUAGAUCUAGCGAUCGAAGUUUCGGGGCGCGCGUUAUACGCGCUGCGGAAGAAAACAGGCAGUCCGGUGGCCGUGCUAACCGCUAAUGCAAAUCAAGCCUGGGGACGUCAGAAAACCUUCGGGACAAUAACUGGGGACAGGUACAGGGAAUGGAAACCAAGGGAACGACAGAUCUCAGGUGAUUGUCCGUGGAUUAGGAAGUGUGUGUGUGGCGGAGGGAGGGGCAAAGGGGAGGUCGAGAUGAACGGCAAGAUUGAGAUAAAGUUACCGGUCGGAAAAAGAAGGGGCAGAUUAUGGCAUUCGCGAAGGAGAUGGCGGAUCUGGUCCGGGGAUAUCGAUGCGUUGUGGACAUUGGGAUAUGAAAACGAAGCGGCCGGGAACGGCGGCAUGAUGAGGGGAGAGCGAUCAGCAGUCGACCAGUGA